GGGGGAGGACCGCCGGCCAAGCGUCUUAAAGAUGGGGUUUCGCUAAGAAGUUCGGCUGGCUGGUGUCAAGUGUUUAAGUAGUCGCGGUUAUGGUCGUAUGGACUUCGGUAUGAGUCUAGUCGGAAGGCGAAGGUGGAUUGAGGCAGACGGUGUUGGUUGGUUGGUCUUGCUGAGUUUGAGGUGAUGGAUGAUGCUGUCGGGAGGAUGGAGAAGUCGGACAAGGGGCUAUGUCGUAAUGGAUGGUGGUCGGUGCUUGAGGAGGUAAACUAAUGGCAGCCACCUCCUUAACGAGGAACACUGAAGGAAUCCGAACCGGGAGAAGUUGACCGCGGUGGUGGUGAAGACUACAACUCCCAUGAUCCCACGCUGCUUCAUGACGUCACCAAACUCCACCUGUUAUUGAGACCUCAAGCAGCAGAAAGCUUUAUAUUUGUCAAACAGCACGAGAAUGGUCAUCCUGGGAAAAACUGGAGUUGGGAAAAGCAGCCUGGCUAACACCAAAUUUGGAGAGCAGCUGUUCAAGAUCGGCCACAGUGUGAACUCUGAUACAAGAACAUGUCAAGCAGUAACUAAACCCGUCAAUGGAGGAAACAUCACUUUGAUUGACAGUCCUGGUUUCUUCGACACAGAUCGAUCUGAGGAGGAGAUGAAGGUUGAAAUAUUGAGAUGCAUCACAGAGUUCGCUCCUGGGCCUCAUGCCUUUCUCAUUGUGCUCAAAGUGGAGAGAUUCACCGAGCACGAGAAGGCUUCAGUCACUAAAAUAAUUCAAUACUUUUUUGAAGAAGUUUUCCAGUAUGCGACAGUCCUCUUUACUCAUGGUGACCAGCUCCCUGAAGGACAGACCAUUGAGGAAUUUACCCAUGAUAAUGAGGCUCUGAGGGAUCUGGUUGCAAAGUGUGGAGGCCGCUGCCUUGUUGUUGAUAAUAAAUACUGGAAGAACAACCAGCAGGAAGAAUACAGGAACAACCAGGUCCAGGUGAAGGAGCUCCUCAAGACAAUAGAUCAGAUGGUGGAGGCAAACAAAGGAAGAUGCUACACCAAUGAGAUGCUACAAGCAGUGCAGGAAAGGAUAAUGGAGGAGGAGCAACUCAUUAGACAGUCAUCAGGAAACAAGUCACAGGAAGAGAUCAGAAAGGAGGCUAAAGACAGAACAUAUGAUUGGUGUUGGAUACAAUGGUUUUCCCAUUCAUUACCUAAUUUGUUCAGAUCUCUUUUUGGUCUCGCAAUUGUCGAGUAGUUUCGUAGGCUUCGUAGGCUUCAUAGGCUCCAUAGGCUUCAUAGGCUUCAUAGGCUCCAUAGGCUUCAUAGGCUCCAUAGGCUUCAUAGGUUCCAUAGGCUCCAUAGGCUUCAUAGGCUCCAUAGGCUUCAUAGGCUCCAUAGGCUUCAUAGGCUUCAUAGGCAGGGCUUUCUUUAGCCAAGUUUCAAAUUAAACUUGUAAUGAGCUAUAACUCUUGAAGAUUAAGACUAAAAAGUAAUCUCUUCCAAUAAAUUGCAUGAAAAUCUUGUUCGAAACAAUAGUUAACCACUGAAAUUAAUGUUUAGUAUAUAUAAUAUGUAAUACAUUGUACUCAUUGGUUUGUUGAGGUUGUUAAUAUAAAUGCUUAUAUAUGGUCAUAAUGUUAUGCUUUUGUCAGGUUACUCAAGUUCAGAAUAACACAUACAUAGGUGAAAUGUGUGUCUGGGAAUGUCUGCUUCUCACAACCUAUAUGUUAUCUUCUAGUCUCAUUAGAAAGUGGACUGGCCUUGCAGGGCUCAGUCCCGUGGAGAGAGAGGAGCAGAUGGAAUUAUACCCCUCCUUGAUAAAUCUCAGCGCCAAUUAGAAGUCAGGAUAAUGCAUAUGAAUCUGUGCAUGUAAAGGCCAAACUUCCGGUUCUAAGAGAGAGUUGUUGUGACUCCCCUGUGAUUGCAAUCGCAGCGCUUGUACUUUGUUUGUGAUCAGAGAAUAAAUCUACCAGAACGAGAGAAGUUAUUGGCUGAAUUCUUCCGAAGGCUCUACCAGGCAGACCAUUUUGAACCACGCUUACAAGGUAUCCACCAAAAAUGCCCGAGACACCACAACUAUGAACCUAUUUCUCUAUUCUUCUGUUAAAAUAAUUGAUUCACCAAUCAAUUAAUUGACUUAUUAAAUUGAAGAGUGAACACAUUCUUGAAACAGAGUGACACUGUGGUACUGCUUUGUACUGCAGGUUUGACUUAAUAUGAAACAUGGCUUUUGAAACCUAAAGCCAUAGGAAGUGUAAUCUUAAAGUGUAAAUUACUUUUUAUUCAUAUGAUGUAUCCUGAUUUAACUUUCAUUCUCUCUGAUGAGUGUUUUGGUCUCAUACAUCAAUUUAUUCUUCACAUAUAAUCUCAUAUUAUUUUGUGUAAAUUGAAUGGUGACAUCCUUAAUUAUGUUUUUCUUUCAUGUAUCAAUAUGUAAUCACAUGUUCUUCUUUGUUGACUGAAUGUUAAGAUGAAGUA